AUGUCAAAGAUAUCAAGCUUUAAAAAAGAAAAGUUAAUAGAGAUUGGUGAACAAGCUAUAGAUUGGGCGUUGGGCAAAGGAAUCAUUUUUGUUAAAAGAAAGACCGAGCAAGAGGCAGUGGCCAUCCAACAACCCAUCGUCACUCACAUUCCUCUUUCUAUUCUCCCCUCAGAGUUCCCAAAACGCUUGUACGAACAAGCCGUUUCAUUGUCCAAAGACUACAACCUUCUCGUUCAUCAUCUAUCAAAGAAUUUCAACUUUAUUCAAUCAACUCUAAAAGAUGUCCAAGAUCCAUUUACACAAUCAUUAUUAAAAAUUCAUAGAGAAAUUGAAAAUGAAGGAAAGAAACAAAAGAUUGAAUUGGGUAUAUUUAGAUCAGACUAUAUGGUUCACCAUAACGAUGAUUCCAGUAAAUCUGAAUUAUACCAAGUUGAAUUGAAUACCAUCUCAUCGUCAUUUGGGUGUAUCUCUGCCAAGGUGUUUGACAUGCACCGUUACUUGAUCAAAGACAAUCAUCUCCAACAUACCUAUCCACUUGAAAACCUCCCAAGAAAUGAUAGUGGUGCCAACAUUGCUCGUUCCAUUGCUCAAGCACAUAAUUUAUAUACAAGUUCCACCAAUAAUACUGCCAAAACCAAUAUUGUCGUCAUGAUUGUAGUCCAACCAGAUGAACGUAACAUUUGGGAUCAAAAAGCUAUAGAGUAUACACUCUCUUCAGAUUAUUCAAUUAAAAUGAUUAGAAGAACUCUUUUAGAACUUGAUACACGCGGUAAAAUAGAUCCAUCAAAUCAUUCUUUACAAAUUGAUGGAUAUGAAAUUUCAGUAUCAUAUUAUAGAGCAGGAUAUACACCAAACGAUUAUCCAAGUGAAAAUGAAUGGAAUGGAAGAUUAUUGGUUGAAAGAUCAUUGGCUAUUAAAUGUCCAUCGAUUGCAAAUCAUUUGGUAGGUGCCAAAAAGAUUCAACAAGCUAUUGCUAAAAAGGGAGUUUUGGAAGAACUACUACAAGACCAAGAAUCAAUCAAGCGAAUGCGUCGUAGCUUUACAGGAUUGUACAGUCUUUCCAAAGAGGAUAUCGAUCAAGAAGCAGUACAAAAGGCAAAGGCCAACCCACAACUAUACGUCAUGAAACCACAAAGAGAAGGUGGAGGUAAUAAUAUCUAUGGUGAUCAAGUCAGAGAGUCAUUGGCAUCAAUGAACGCCGAUGAAUUGGGAUCCUAUAUUCUAAUGGAUCGUAUUGUUCCAAAGGCAUUCAACACUACCAUCAUCAGAGAGAGCAAAGUGAUUGACAUAGAAGCAUUGUAUGAACUCGGUAUAUUUGGUCUAUACAUUGGACACGAUGAUCAAGGUGUAUUAUUAAAUGAAGAAGGUGGAAUCUUACUUCGAACUAAAACUUCAAAUUCUGAUGAAGGUGGUGUUGCUGCUGGUUUCGCUGUUAUCGAUUCUUUAAUCCUAACUGAUUAA